UCUCUCUCUCUCUCAGUCUCAUCCUCCGGGCAGGCCUCCUUGUUCCUCUCCCCUCGCAUCCCCAAAUCCGGAGCCGCCGGGCCCUCGAUCUUCCCCGGCGGGCGCGCCUCCGUCGACGAGCGAAGCAACGCCGCCUCCGUCCCUCGUCCUCUCCACCGGACCGGCGUGGUGCGGGGUGGAGCGGGGAGGAGAGGUGAGGGGAGGGGAGGGGGAGGUGAGGAGAUCCGGCCGGGCCGAUCUCUUCUGCUGUGUGCGGUGCCGGGAGGGAGGUUGCUGCGAGGGGGUAGGAUAGGGUAGGGUUGGAGCAGAAGGCGCAUCCGCCGCUGGGUGGUGGGUGCGGCGUGGAGAGAGGAUGUCGUCGCUGAGCCGGGAGCUGGUCUUCCUCAUCCUGCAGUUCCUCGAUGAGGAAAAGUUCAAGGAGACUGUUCACAAGCUUGAGCAGGAGUCUGGGUUCUACUUCAACAUGAAGUACUUUGAGGAUGAAGUGAUCAAUGGCAAUUGGGAUGAGGUUGAGCGCUACCUCGGUGGCUUUACCAAGGUUGAUGACAACCGUUACUCAAUGAAGAUAUUCUUUGAGAUCCGCAAACAGAAGUAUCUUGAGGCUCUCGAUAAGCAUGAUCGUUCCAAGGCAGUUGAAAUCUUGGUCAAGGACCUGAAGGUCUUUGCGUCUUUUAACGAGGAGCUGUUUAAGGAGAUCACACAGCUAUUAACAUUGGAAAACUUUAGGGAAAAUGAGCAACUCUCCAAAUACGGUGAUACAAAAUCUGCUAGAGCAAUAAUGCUUGUUGAGCUGAAGAAGCUGAUUGAAGCUAACCCCUUGUUCCGUGACAAGCUCCAGUUUCCCAAUCUGAAGAGCUCAAGAUUGCGGACCCUUAUAAACCAGAGCUUAAACUGGCAGCACCAGCUUUGCAAAAACCCUAGACCUAAUCCUGAUAUUAAGACUCUGUUUGUUGAUCAUUCUUGUGGACAACCAAAUGGUGCCCGUGCUCCAUCGCCAGCAAACAAUCCAUUAAUUGGAUCUAUACCAAAGCCUGGAGGUUUCCCCCCAUUGGGUGCUCAUGCACCGUUUCAACCUGCACCUACACCUGUCCCACCACUGGCUGGCUGGAUGUCAAACCCUCCAGCAGUAACACAUCCUGCCGUGUCUGGUGGAGCUAUUGGAUUUGGUACUCCUACAAAUCCUGCGGCUAUAUUAAAGCAUCCUAGAACACCAACAACUGCCAAUCCUUCCAUGGAUUAUCCAUCAGGAGAUUCUGAUCAUGUCUCCAAGAGAACGAGACCAGUUGGGAUGUCUGAGGAGGUGAAUCUUCCAAUGAAUAUGUUACCUGUGACUUAUCCACAGAGUCAUAGUUACCCACAAGAUGAUUUUCAUAAAACUGUUGCACGGACAUUGAGUCAAGGAUCAGCUCCAAUGAGCAUGGACUUCCAUCCAGUUCAGCAAACUCUUCUUCUUGUUGGUACCAAUGUUGGUGACAUUGGAUUAUGGGAUGUUGGUACCAAGGAAAGACUUGUUUUAAGAAACUUCAAGGUUUGGGAUGUUACAAAAUGCUCAAUGGCCCUCCAGGCUUCACUUGUCAAAGACCCUACUGUCUCAGUUAAUCGCAUAAUCUGGAGUCCUGACGGAACCUUGUUUGGUGUUGCUUAUUCAAGGCACAUUGUACAAAUCUAUUCAUACAAUGGCGGUGAUGAUAUCAGGCAGCUCUUGGAGAUUGAUGCGCAUGUCGGUGGUGUAAACGACAUUGCAUUUGCCCAUCCAAAUAAGCAGCUAUGUAUAAUAACCUGUGGAGAUGAUAAGACAAUUAAGGUCUGGGAGGCCACAAGUGGAGCAAAGCAAUUUACGUUUGAAGGUCACGAAGCUCCUGUUUAUUCAGUUUGUCCGCAUUAUAAGGAAAAUAUUCAGUUCAUCUUCUCAACUGCUUUAGAUGGAAAGAUAAAGGCUUGGCUAUAUGAUAAUUUGGGAUCUAGAGUUGACUAUGAUGCACCAGGACAUUGGUGCACGACAAUGGCAUAUAGUGCAGAUGGUUCAAGGCUAUUUUCUUGUGGGACUAGCAAAGAUGGUGAAUCACAUCUGGUGGAAUGGAAUGAAAGUGAAGGAGCUGUCAAGAGAACUUACCAGGGAUUUCGCAAGCGAUCGAUGGGUGUUGUUCAAUUUGAUACCACCCGGAACAGGUUCUUGGCUGCUGGAGAUGAAUUCUUGAUUAAAAUAUGGGACAUGGACAACACAAGUCUUCUGACUACCAUUGAUGCCGAUGGUGGUCUUCCUGCAAGUCCACGGGUUCGCUUUAACAAGGAGGGUACUUUGCUGGCUGUUUCUACCCAUGACAAUGGUAUCAAGAUCUUAGCAAAUGCUGAUGGAGUUCGGUUGCUGCGCACACUGGAAAAUCGUUCAUUUGAUGCUUCUCGCAGUGCGUCUGAGACUGUAACAAAGCCCCUAAUGAAUCCAUUGACUGCUGCUGCGGCGGUUGCAUCAGCUGCUGCUGCUGGAACUAGUUCAGCAAAUGCUGCUCCACCGGCAAUAACUGCACUGAAUGGGGAUAGCAGAAGCUUGGUGGAUGUAAAACCGAGAAUAGCUGAAGAGCCAUUGGAUAAAUCAAAAGUCUGGAAGCUUAUGGAGAUAACUGAGUCAAGUCAGUGCAGAUCAUUGAAACUAACAGAUAAUAUGAGGACAAGCAAGAUUUCAAGACUUAUUUACACAAAUUCUGGUGUUGCUAUCUUGGCUUUAGCUUCAAAUGCUGUUCAUCUACUCUGGAAAUGGCCUCGCAAUGACCGGAACUCAACUGGAAAGGCUACUGCGAGUGUUUCUCCUCAAUUAUGGCAACCUCCAAGUGGCAUCCUCAUGACUAAUGACAUCACCGAUAAUCCUGAAGAAGCUGUUCACUGCUUUGCAUUGUCAAAGAAUGAUUCAUAUGUCAUGUCUGCCUCUGGAGGGAAAAUCUCUCUAUUCAACAUGAUGACUUUUAAGACGAUGACAACUUUUAUGCCUCCACCGCCAGCGGCAACAUUUCUUGCUUUCCACCCUCAAGAUAACAACAUCAUUGCAAUUGGAAUGGAUGACUCAACCAUUCAAAUCUACAAUGUCCGAAUUGAUGAGGUCAAAAGCAAACUUCGAGGGCACUCUAAAAAAAUUACUGGACUAGCUUUUUCAAAUGUAUUAAAUGUGUUAGUCUCUUCUGGAGCUGAUGCUCAGAUAUGUGUGUGGAGCACAGAUGGGUGGGAUAAAUUAAAGAACAGAAUGUUACAGAUACCAUCAGGUCGUCCAACAUCGAAUAUCUUAGACACGCGCGUUCAAUUCCAUCAGGAUCAAUUGCAUUUUCUUGUUGUGCAUGAAACCCAGAUUGCCAUAUAUGAAACUACAAAAUUAGAACCUGUGAAGCAGUGGCCUGUUCGCGAGAAUUCUCCUCCAAUAACACAUGCCAUGUUCUCCUGCGAUAGUCAACUGAUUUAUGCAAGCUUUCUGGAUGCCACUGUCUGCAUAUUUAAUGCAUCGAGUUUGAGACUACAAUGUCGAAUUCUUCCAGCUUCCUAUCUUCCUCAGAAUAUCAGCUCAAGUGUUUAUCCUGUCGUUGUGGCGGCACAUCCUUCGGAACCAAAUCAGGUUGCUCUAGGGCUGACUGAUGGUGGUGUUUAUGUACUGGAACCCUUGGAAUCUGAGAGAAAAUGGGGAAAUCCUCCACCAGCAGAGAAUGGGUCGACCAGCAAUUUGUCCACACCUCCUAAUGGAGCAUCAAGUUCUGAUCAACCAGAAAGAUAAUAAUGAGGAGUUUGAAGUGUUACAUUUUUUGUACUUGCAUGGUACAAAUCACUAACCAAGAUGAUGCACUUCACUCUUAUUUACACCUUCCUUUCCGCGGAGCUGGUUCCAAAUGGUAGUCGAUGACCAGAAGGAAUAAAAAGACAAGCUUAACAGCAGUUCAUUUGUUGCUUAUAUGCCUCUAUUAUCUGUAUUAAGUGAGGGAAUAGUUAGUCCUAGUAUUUAAUUUUGCUGUGUUUAUCGUGCUGUGAAAAAAAAAAUGUUUGCCAGUAGCUUAAAGUUGUAGCAACAAUUUGCCUGAACUGAACUACCACCUUUUCUUCACGACUAGAAAGUAAAAUGGCUGCUUCUAUCAGA